CAAAUAGAAAAAGUGUAUAAAAUUUGAGAGUAUAAAUCAAACAUUUCAGUGUGAGCACAAAAAGAGAGAGGGGUGAUAUCAUGGAGAUAGCAAUGAACAAGUUAUAUUGGACAGUGUGGAUGAUAGUGAUAACCAGUGUUAUAAUAUUGUUGGAGAAAGUGUUACUGAAGCCACGAAGGAUUCGAUCGGUGCUUGAAAAACAAGGUAUCAAAGGACCAAAGCCUUCUUUCCCAUUUGGUAACAUUUCUGAGAUGCAACAGAUUCGUCCCCAACCUCCUGCUGGUGCUGAUUCAACUGAGGAAUGGGUUUAUUCCUUGUUCCCAUAUUUUGAAACCUGGAAACAACGCUACGGCUCAUUGUAUACGUACUCCACCGGAAUCAAGCAACAUCUAUACGUGGAGAAGGGUGAACUAAUAAAAGAUAUGAGCGUUGUUAUGUCACCCGAUCUUGGUAGGGUUGAAUAUCUUAACAAAGCUUUGGAUCCAAUGCUGGGAGAUGGCAUCCUCAGAGCCAAUGGAAAAUCAUGGAUCUUCCAAAGGAAUCUUAUUAUGGCUGAGUUAUUCAUGAGCAAAGUUAAGACUAUGUUAGGUGAUAUGGAAGAAUCUGCUUUGGAAAUUAUCAAAAAAUGGGAGAGGUGUAUAACAGAAAGCAAAGAAGGUAUUGCAGAGAUAGUGAUUGAAAGUGACCUGAAAGUUCUUUCAGAGGAUAUUAUUUCAAAAGCAUGCUUUGGCAGUGAUUAUACACAAGGAAAACAUAUUUUUGAAAGAUUGAAUGCUAUUCAAGCAAAACUUUCGAAGACUAGCACUCUUUUGGGAUUUCUAAACCUAAGUUUUCUUCCCAAUAAGGACCGUAGAGAGAUCUGGAAAUUGAAGAAAGAGGUGGAUGUGUUGAUAAUGAAUAUCAUCCGUGAUCGAGAAAUCGAAAACCAAAAGAACAAUAAUAAUAAGAAACAUAAUGAUCUAUUACAAAAAAUAAUAGAAGGUGUUGCAAAUGAGAAACUUUUGAAUGCUAGUGGAAAGGGUACUUUGAAAGCAGGGCAUGACAUGAACCAACUGAUUAUAGAUAUCUGCAAAAGUAUCUACUUUGCUGGUUCUGAGUCCACUGCUCUUUCAGUAGUUUGGGCAAUGUAUCUCCUUGCAGUUUAUCCGGAAUGGCAACAACGAAUUCGAACUGAGAUUUCUGAGACCUUUGGUAAUCUGCCUCCUUCUUUUACUGAUAUCACCAAACUUAACCAGCUGAAAAAGCUACAAAUGGUGAUUCUUGAGAGUAUGCGUAUUUAUGGGCCUGCAGUGACGAACUCAAGGGAAACUUUAGCUGAGAUGAAGAUCGGAAACUUAGUUCUCCCUAAAGGACUCUACAUAUGGAUGUUCGUCCCAUUGCUGCAUCGCGACACUGAUAAUUGGGGACCGGAUGCUACAGAAUUCAAGCCAGAAAGAUUUGCUAAUGGUCUUUCUGGAGCUUGUAAGUAUCCUCAAGCUUAUCUACCAUUUGGAUAUGGAAGUCGACAUUGCUUAGGCCAAAACUUUACCCUGACAGAAAUUAAGAUUGUUCUUGGUCUUCUUGUCAAUAAUUUCGAGUUCAAACUGUCACCAAAUUAUGUCCAUUGCCCUGCGUCCAAUUUUCUGUUGGUACCAAAAUAUGGUGUGAAGCUUCUUGUUAGCAAGGUUGAUCAUAACAAAGGGAAAUGAUCAUGGUUAUGUUCUACUCCUAGUGUUGUUUCAAAUCAUGAUCAAUAAAUUGUAGUGACUUUGUUGGUUUGAAAUGAUUUCAAUAAUACACAUCCAUAAUAUAUCUUAUGGAUUUUAUUCUAAA